AUGAUUUCCCAGGCAACUUAUUUGGUAGUGCGUCAAUACAGUGGCCUUGUUAGAGUUGGCCACAGUGUCCAUGCUGUAGCUUCUAAAGGAUUCAAUCUUCAAACAGAUGCCUAUGCACAAACAAGGCCGAGCUAUCCUGAGGCUAUGUUAAACAGAAUCCAAGAGAUGUUGCCAGAGAAGACUUCCAUCAUUGACCUGGCUGCAGGCACUGGUUUAAUGACCAAGGCUCUGGUUGCCAAAGGCUUCAAUGUCACUGCUGUUGAGCCUGUUGAGGGAAUGCGUACUAAAUUGAUGGAAGUGGUGCCUGGUGUUCCAUGUAUCGAGGGUACUUCUUGGAAUAUUCCAGUUGAGAAUGAAUCUCAAAGCGCCGUUGUUGUUGCUCAAGCCUUUCACUGGUUUGAUGAUAUCAAGACUCUUGAGGAAAUGCAUCGUGUGCUAAAGCCUGGAGGAUUUGGCAUCUUGGCAUGGAAUCUGGAAAGCGGCGACAGAAGUGAAUGGGUCGCCAAUCUCAGAAAUUGCUAUGAAGCAUAUGACAGUGCCGUGCCUCAAUUUCGUAAAAUGAAGUGGCAUCAAGUAUUCGACACUGAAAAGGCCAAAUCAUUGUUCGUUUUGCCUUACACAUCCGAGCUAUUCAAACAUGAUUAUUGGGUGCCAAAGCAAGACAUUUGGAGAAGAGUUCUCAGCAAGAGUUACAUUGCAAGUCUUGAGGCACCUCAACAAGAGGCAUUAAAAGUUCAAGUAGAUGCCAUACUAAAGGAUGUACCCACCGAUAAUCAAAGCCGAGUCCUUUAUCCACAUGAUAGCCAUAUGAUAUACUUUGCAAAGAAAUGA